CCUCCAUCAGUCAUGGCUUCCUCCAGCAGUUUCCUGUCUGAAGAUCAGCUCCAGUGUGCCAUCUGUCUGGAUGUGUUCACUGAUCCAGUCACUACUCCAUGUGGACACAACUUCUGCAUGACCUGUAUUAAAGAGUGUUGGGACACCAGUUCACACUGCCAGUGUCCAGUAUGUAAGACCAGUUUUUCAAACAGACCGGAACUGCGAAUAAACAUUUUUAUCUCUGGACUGGCUUCUUCAUUCAGAAAGUCAGUUCAGGAAACGUUCAGUAGCGUUCCAGAGAAAGCCAGACAGUUUCUGGUGCUAUGUGACAUUUGCAGUAAAAAGAAACGUGAAGCUCUGAAGUCCUGUCUGAUCUGUAUGGCCUCUUACUGCAAGACUCACCUGGAACCUCAUCAGAGAGUUUCUUCUUUUAGAAGCCACAAACUAAUAGAUCCUGUAGAGAAUCUGGAGGAUAACAUCUGUCAGAAACACAAGAGACCUCUGGAAAUGUUCUGUAGAGACGACCAGGUGUGUGUCUGUCAGAUCUGCUCUGUAGACAACCACAAGUACCACAACACAGCUCCUAUCAAGGAGGAGAGUGCAAAGAAGAAGUCUAAGCUGGCCAGGAAACAAGCAGAAAAUGAGCAGAUGAUCCAGGACUGUCUGAAAAAGAUUGAUGAAAUUAAACGCUCUGUAAAAGUUAAUAAAAAAAACACAGAGAAGGAGAAAGCUGACAGCACAGAGUUCUUCAGAGCUCUCAUAUGCAGCAUUGAGAGAUACCAGGCUGAGCAGCUGAAGGUGAUGGAAGAGAAGCAGAGAGCAGCACAGUGUCAGGCUGAAGAGUUCAUUAAAGAUCUGGAGCAGGAAAUCACUGAGCUAAAGAAGAGAAACACUGAGCUGGAGAAGAUCUCCAACACUGAGGAUCAUCUCCACCUCCUACAGAUUUACUCAUCCCUGUACAGACCUCCACCCACCAACAACUGGACUGAUGUCAGUAUUCAGCCUCAUCUGGAUGUGGAGACUCUGAGGAGAGCUCUGUCUCAGCUUCAGGAAUGUGUUGAUAAAGAAAUGUCGAAAAUUGUCAGAAUGGAACUGAAGAGAAUUCAACAAUAUGCAGUGGACGUGAUUCUAGAUCCUAAUACAGCUCAUCCUUACCUGAUCCUGUCUGAUGAUGGAAAACAAGUUACUGAUGAAGACAAACGACAGAAUCUUCCUGAUAAUCCAGAGAGAUUUGAUGAAUGUGUCUGUGUGCUGGGAAAGGAGGGAUUCUCCUCAGGGAGAUUUUACUAUGAGGUUCAGGUUAAAUGGAAGACUGAGUGGGAUUUAGGAGUGACCAGAGAGUCCAGUCACAGGAAGGGGAAGAUUACAGUAAGUCCUGAUGAUGGGUUUUGGUCUGUGUGGCUAAGAAAUAAAACUGAAUAUAAGGCUCUGGAUUCUCCUCGUGUCCCCCUCUUCUUAAAACAUGCUCCUCAGAAGGUGGGGGUGUUUGUGGAUUAUGAGGAGGGUUUGGUCUCCUUCUAUGAUGUUGAGAAUGAGUCUCAUAUCUACUCAUUCACUGGUCAGUCUUUCACUGAGAAACUCUAUCCAUACUUCUGUCCCUGUUACAAUGAUGAAGGUGAAAAUUCAGCCCCACUAAUCAUCUGCCCUGUUAGUCAAGUUAAAUCCUAA